GUGACGUCACUAGCCCUUGUCGGGUUGCUGCGGCACCACCGCUGGGAUGGAUGUAGCUAUUUAGCUGCCUCUGGAGAGGGGAGAGGCGGCCUCCGAGCGCCCCCGAUGCCGGAAAGCUGGGACGCGGGGGUUCGUGCGCUGACCCCGCAGCGAUGGUGAAACGGAAGUCCUCCAGCGGAGCCAGAAGUCCCCGCGGAAGCAGGGUCCUUUCCGGGACGGUGGCCCCGAGGCUGCUGCCCGGGCGGCGGCGGGAGCAUCCUCACCUGCAUAUUAAAAUGGCUGUAACUCAAGAUGCCAUCCCUUCCUUGUCGGAAUGCCAGUGCGGGAUCUGCAUGGAAAUCUUCAUGGAGCCGGUAACACUGCCCUGUAACCACACGCUCUGUAAUGCAUGCUUCCAGUCGACUGUGGAGAAGGCGAACCUAUGCUGUCCCUUCUGUCGGCGCCGGGUCUCUUCGUGGACCCGGUAUCACACUCGAAGAAAUUCUCUCAUCAACAAGGAACUGUGGGAGGUAAUUCAGAAACACUACCCAAAGGAAUGCAAGCUUAGAGCCUCUGGGCAAGAAUUAGAAGACACCGUUGAUGACUAUCAGCCAGUUCACCUGUUAAGUAAACCUGGAGAAUUGAGAAGAGAAUAUGAAGAGGAGAUAAGCAAGGUGGAGGCAGAGCGACGGGCCAGUGAGGAAGAAGAAAACAAAGCCAGUGAAGAGUACAUACAGAAAUUAUUGGCAGAGGAGGAGGAAGAAGAAAAGAGACAGGCAGAAAAAAGGAGAAGAGAGAUGGAAGAACAGCUAAAAAGUGAUGAAGAACUGGCAAGAAAGCUAAGCAUUAAUAUUAACAACUUCUGUGAGAAAAAAGUCUUGGCUUCUCCCAUGAAUUCCAGAAAAUCUGAUCCAGUCACAAGCAAGAUGCAAAAGAAAAGUAAAAAUAAACAAACAAAUACUGGAGAUAUUCAGAAGUAUUUGUCACCUAAAUCUCAAUUUGGGUCAGCAUCACAGUCUGAAGUUGUACAAGAAGGCAAACAAAAGUCCAUGUCUAAGGAAACUGAUGGUAGCAAUGUAAAGAGCCCUAUGUGGCAAGACACAGAAGUGGAGGAAGAUAUGCCAACACUUUCUCCGCAAAUAUGCCUUGAAAUUCAAGAACAAGGUGCAAAGUCUUCAAUAGAGUCACCUAUGCCUCAGUUAUGUGCCAGUGAUACAGAAUGGUGCCUUGAAGAAGUCAAAAUGAGACCAAACAAUCAUGAUAAAGAAUUAUGUGCCAUAAAUCCUGAAAGACCUGAAGCCAGAGUCCCCUACCCAAGAGAAGCUGCAGUUAAGCCUUGUGGCGAAACAGAGAGUGGGUGUGCUCUAUCAUACGUGACCCAGAUAAUUGGAAAUAACACAGUUGAGACAGAAAAUGAAGAGUCUUGCCUACUGAUCAGUGAAGAAGGUAUUUGCAAAAGAAAAAAUCAGGAGUCUUCUUUUGAAGCAGUCAGGGAUCCAUGCUUUUCUGCAAAAAGAAGGAAAAUGUCCUCCGAAUCUUCCUCAGACCAAGAGGAAACAGAAACCAGCUUUACUCAAAAACUGUUAGAUUUGGAACAUCUACUUUUUGAGAGACGUAAGCAAGAAGAACAGGACAGGUUAUUAGCACUACAGAUUCAAAAAGAGGUGGACAAAGAACAAAUGAAGCCAAACCGACAGAAAGGAUCCCCAGAUGAAUAUCAUUUACGUUCUACGCCCUCACCUCCAGACAAAUUGCUAAAUGGACAGAGGAAGAAAUCCAAAACUAGGAACGUAAAAGGACAAGCUGAUACAGAGCAUCCAAAACCUCAAAGAGGCCCCAAAACUGAAAAUUGCCAACCUUCUUUUAAGAUCCAGUUGAGACAUUCAGUCAAUGUUAAUGGAAGAAAGAUGCCAAAUUCUGCUAGAGAUCAUUGUAAUGUAUCUAAAAGUGUUUGUUCCCUACAGCCUAGUAAGUCACAGAAAAGUAUUUUUCAGAUGUUUCAGAGAUACACAGAGUAAUGGGUGGGUAAAGGAAGAAGUAUUUUAGAAACUGGUAAAGCUGGAUUGUGAUGCUCUUUUUUAUCAUAGAAUGUUUAUAAAACUUUAUUCUCUUGUGGGCACACUCAUUGCCUCUAAUUGAAGGACUGUGUGAUUACAAGGGAGGAAUAUACAAAUGUACUUCUGCCAAAGUCAGUGAUAACCAAGGGUCUCAAUUCUUUAUGAAUAAGUGUGAUAUGGUAAGUUUGACAGUCCUUACAGGUAAUAGACAUAAACAUGCCUGGGCCAGCUCCCAAGAAACCUUCAGGUGCCAUUCUCUUUCCUCAAAAAUGCAUGUAGAUCAAUUGAAAUCUUCCAUAACAAAUCCAUAAAGUAAUCUAAUCUUUAUAAUUACUUCCAUAAAGUAAUUUAAUCUUUAUAAUUAUUUUAAGCAUUAUAGCAUUUUCUUUUAUUUAAAAUGGAUUAAAAUUGUGUGAAAACAGAAAAGUCAGAGUUUUCUGGAAAAUUAGGAUUAUCAAACAUGCCCUCAAUCAGGAAUCGAAUCCAAGACCCUGCAGGGCCCAGGCCGACUCUAACCACCGAGAACAACAGUCAGGGCGGAAACGCAUCUCUUGAUGCAAAGGGAGUUAGUUGGGGGUGAGGCUGAAUAGAGUGAACUGAUAGUUUGGAUGCAUUGAAUUUGAGUGGGUGAUCAGAAACUGGGUCCAGGAUGGAGUAGCAGAGCAUUCUUCCUUAUUCUUUGCUAAAUGACACAGAAAACAUUUGGGUUUUACAGCCUGUCACACGAUAGUAACAGGUGUUAAAAUAAUUAGUUACUACAUUACCUGAAAUUUUGGAAAUUCACAUUUCUAUUAAUCUGCUACUCUAGGGGAAAAAAAUGGGAAUUUACUGUAGGAGAGUUAAAUCCUAAUAUACUAUGUUGUAGGACCUGAGACAUUAAUAACCAUGUGUUUAUUUCCUUAUUUGCAUUGGUAGUGAUUUUUAUUUGUGUUUAUGGACAGAAAUAGUGUGGUACUUGGAUUGGCCCUCUCAAAGUUAAAUCAGAGGCAGUGAUUCCAUUUUGUGAAAGUUAACUUAGAGAAUGUUAAUCUAUGUUUCAUUAAUAUGAACAACUUUGAGCAAAUGAACACGUUUUAAUAGCAUUUCUGAUGAUGUUUAGUUAUUCAUCCUUUUAAGGUAAAAAUAUAAUAAAAUGUCCUAGAGCAAAAGUCUAGCUUUAAUUUGUUAAUAUUUUUAUACAUUUUUGAAAAUUUUUUCCUCCAGAUGUUAUAACUGAAAUUCUGUUAAUCUUGAUGCCAUCUACUUCAAUAUUUUUGGGUAGAUAAUUAGGGGUAGAAUUAUGAUGCUGAUUUAAAAUUUACUUUGCCCUUUCUAAAAAAAAAAAAAAAAAAAAGUGAUUGCCUUCUGUGUAAUGAUUGUGCUGAAAUGUAGUCAGAAACUAACAAAAUUUGUCAAAAAUUUAUUUAUCAAACUAUUUUUCUGUCUUUUUUAAAAGAUAGAUUUUUAUUGAUUUCAGAGAGGAAGGGAGAAUGAGAGAAAUAGAAACAUCAAUGAUGAGAGAGAAUCAUUGAUUGGUUGCUUCCUGCACACCUCCUACUGGGGAUUGAGUCUGAAACCCAAGCAUGUUCCUUCACCGGGAAUCGAACCGUGACCUCCUGGUUUGUAGGUUAACAUUCAGCCACUGAGCCACACCAGUGGCUUUUUGUCUUUUUGUUGUUCUUGUUGUUGUUGACAGUAUUAUAGAUGUCUUCCAUUUCCUCUGCUCCCCCCCCCCCCCCCCCCCGCUCCACCUGGCCCUGAUAUUUUUCUAAGAGUGAUUUCACUUUACUUUUUGUUUUAUAUAUAUUUUACUGAUUUUUUACAGAGAGGAAGGGAGACAGAUAGAGAGUUAGAAACAUCGAUGAGAGAGAAACAUCGAUCAGCUGCCUCCUGCACAUCUCCCACUGGGGAUAUGCCCGCAACCCAGGUACAUGCCCUUGACCAGAAUCGAACCUGGGACCUUUCAGUCCGCAGGCCGACGCUCUAUCCACUGAGCCAAACCGGUUUCGGCCUCACUUUACAUUUUAGGGAAGACUUUGUAUCUUCAAAAAUGAAAAGUUAUAUAAUUAAAUCUUCCAUGACCAAAAUGGGGGGGGGGUAAUACUGUGAUGCACAUAGGAUAUAUAUAUUUAACCACUUGUCCGUGAAGAAGUCUUCCUGACUAAAGUUAGUUUUAAGAUAAAUUUAAAUUUCUCUAUUAAUCUUAAUGAUAGUCCUAUGUAUAUGCCUUUUUGUUAGAAACUAACAAAUGUUUUGUGUCAGUCAUUAGAAUGUAUUGCUACUUUUUCCUCUUUUGUAGAAGGGAUAUGAGAGCCUUUAAUUUCUCAGGGAGUACUAAAACUGCAGAAGUUGAGAAUCAGAAAAAUUAAAUAUUAAAAAUAAAAAUGAUUAUGUAUAUUUUACAAAACCUACCAUUAAGGAAAAUUGGAAGGCAUGGCAGACUGGGGAAGAAAUAGAUGCACUUCAUUACAAAGAACUAAUUUCCUUUAUAUAAAGUGUCUGUCAAUACAUUAAGAAAAAGACUACUACCCCAAAAGGAAGGUUAGAAAAGUUUAAUCCCCAGGUACAUAGUUCCCAGGAAAGGAAAUGUUUCUUAAAUAUGUGAAAAGGUGCAUGAUAUCGUUUACACUUUGCUCAUACAUUUUUCCACGCUCCAGGUUAGUAGAGAUAAAGGUGCUGUUUUGCUUUGUUUUGUUUUGCUUUUGUGUAAGGUUUUUAAAAAUCUUAGCAAGAGUGUAGGACAAGCAUGUCAAACUCAAAAGGCUAAUACGGGCCAAAUAAACAAGGUUUAAGUUUAUUUGGGCCACAAAAUAAACAAAAGCUUCUAUUUUCAUAGAAAUGUAGGUUUAUUUCGGCUGAAAUAAAUGAGUAAUAGUUAACAUAAAAUAAUAGAACAUUUUAAUAAAAUUUAAUAGUUUUUCUUGAAUAUUAACUUACCAGACACUGAAUAACUGCACAAAUUAAUAAGCGUAAUGCAAAUAAACCUAUUUCUUUUGUUCUCCAAAAGCGAAAUACUUUCUGUUGCCCACACCAAGCAAGUCAGUCCAAGACUAAUGAUGUGGCAAUCGGCUGCUGAAGUAUUCACUGCUAGUAUUAGUGGAGAGAAAUGGUGCGCCUGCAUGCAAGGUGUGUAAGGGAAAUGAAUGCAACAUGAUUAUAGUAAUCAGUCAUUAGUGAACAUUGUAGUUCGUUAUUAAUAAUUAUAACAGGACAUUGUAAAAAUUAAGUUACAAAUUUUUUAUUAAAACAUUUCUUACAUACUGUUAUAUUGGCUGGGCCGCAAAAAUGCUCGUGGGCUGCAUGUGGCCCACGGGCUAUGAGUUUGACAUGCUUGUUGUAGGGAAAUAGGCACUCUUACAUGUUGGUUGGUAUGAAUGGAAAAAUUUAAAUCCCUUUGGAGGUAAACUUGGCAAUUCUGCCUCUAGGGGUUUCUGAAAGCUGUCUUCACAUGUGUGUAGAAUGACAUAUACAAAACUUAGAAACCACUGUAAUGUUGCAUCAAUGGACCCUGAGUAAAAGAUGGUAUAGUGGAGGACUAUAUAGCCAUUAAAAAAAAAUCACUUUACAGAUAUGAAAAGAAUUAUCAGAUACAGAGUUAAAUAAAAAAAUACAAGAUGUAGAAUAGCAUAUGUAGUGUGCAAACUGUUGUCCAAAAAAUAGAAACAUAUAUGUAUUUGUAUAAAAUAUUCCUAGGAGGAGAAACAAUUCUUCCAGCAGGGAGAAAAACUGGGUAGCCGUAUGAUAGGAGUGGAAAAAUGCCUUUUCACUAUAUGUUUUUAUACUUUUUGAAUUUUCAGUCAUACUGAAUAUAUCAUCUAGUAAAAAAAAAAUUAAUGUUCUUAAAAUAACUGCAAGAUAAAGGAAGCUUAUACAUUUCGGCCUGUACUAUUCUAAAUGGUCCUUUUUUGCCUUUAAAUUUUAAGAAUCAUAAUUCAGGAAAGUUUUUUUCAGCAUGAAAAAAUAGCAUUGUGUGCUAUGACCAAUGUGGCUCAGUUGGUUGGAGCGUCAUCUCAUCCACUGAAAGGUGUUGGGUUCAAUCCCUGGUCAAGGCGUGUACGGGAGGCAACCAAUUGAUGUUUCUCAUAUUGAUGUUUCACCUCUCUCCCCCUUCCUCUCAAAUCAAUGAAAAUAUAUCCUUGGGUGAGUAUUUUAAAAAAAGAGUAGCAUUGUUAAUUUUUGGAAAUAGCACAAGUGAAUGAAUUUGAAUUUAUUUAGCUUUAAUGUACUAUUUAAAAAAUACUUGAAUAGCAAAGCUUAUGUUUCUAGGUAGCAUGGCUAAGAACACUGAGCAAAGCCACAUAAAAAUGUAAAAUUGGCCCUGGCCCGUUUGGCUCAGUGGAUAGAGUGUCAGCCUGUGGACUGAAGAGUCUCAGGUUAGAUUCUGGUGAAGGGCACGUGCCUGGGUUGCGGGCUUGGUCCCCUGUCAGAGUGUGCAGGAGGCAGCUGAUAGAUGAUUCUCAUCACUGAUGUUUCUAUCAGUGAUUGCAAUUAACUUCUGUCUACUGAAGAAGACUCCACUCACCUCUCCCCUGCCAGAUGUGUCCACAGCUCUCUGUGUCACAAGAGAUCUUGGCUCCAGAGGAAACCAGUUAUCAGAAAUACUUCGUGGCUUCCUCUAAUUCCUAUACUACUUCCACACAUUUGGUUUGCACAAAGGCAUGUAAAACACUAAAAAGAGAUUAAAAACACCAGGGAGUUGAACCUCUACUGUAUGUUGACCCAUUACUUAUUCCUGUGUAAAGAUCUUAAUAAACAAUGAUGACUUUAAA